GUGACGUUGCACAAGGUGGAAGCUGAACAUGGCGUCGGGACAGCAGUGGGUGUUGGUGGAAAUGGUGCAGGCGUUUUAUGAGGCUCCUGCGUACCACCUGAUUCUGGAGGGGAUCCUCAUACUGUGGAUCAUCAGACUUCUGUUCUCUAAGACGUACAAACUUCACGAGACUUACAAACUGACCGAGAAGGAAAAGGAGGACCUGAUUGAGGAGUGGAUGCCAGAACCUCUUGUUCCUCUUUUAUCCAAAGAGCAGCCGCCGUCCCUCAGCUACGAUGUCGUCACCGGACCUCCCAGCCACAAAAUCAUCAUCAAUGGCAAAGAGUGCAUUAACUUUGCGUCGUUAAACUUCCUCGGUCUCCUCGACAACGAGAGGGUGAAGCAAAAGGCUUUGGCGUCGCUGAAGAAAUAUGGCGUGGGCACAUGUGGUCCGAGAGGCUUCUAUGGAACGUUUGACGUUCACCUGGAGCUGGAGAGCCGUCUGGCCACGUUCAUGAAAACAGAAGAAGCCAUCCUCUACUCUUAUGGCUUUGCCACCGUUGCGAGUGCAAUCCCUGCGUACUCCAAGAGGGGCGACAUCAUCUUUGUGGAUGAAGCCGCCUGCUUCUCCAUCCAGAAGGGUCUUCAAGCGUCCCGCAGCUUCAUCAAAUACUUCAAACACAACGACAUGGAGGAUCUGGAGAGGCUCCUGAAGGAGCAGGAGCUGGAGGACCAGAAGAAUCCUCGUAAAGCUCGAGUGACCAGAAAGUUCAUUGUGGUGGAGGGACUGUACAUUAACACAGCAGACAUCUGUCCUCUGCCUCAACUGGUGGAGCUGAAGUACAAGUACAAGGUGCGGCUCUUUCUGGAGGAAAGUCUUUCUUUUGGUGUGUUGGGGGAACACGGUCGAGGAGUCACGGAACACUUCGGGGUCAAUAUCGAUGACAUUGACCUGAUCAGUGCUAACAUGGAGAACGCCAUGGCGUCCAUUGGCGGCUUCUGCUGUGGACGCUCCUUCGUCAUCGACCACCAGCGUCUGUCGGGUCAGGGCUACUGUUUCUCUGCGUCCCUGCCUCCGAUGUUGGCCGCCGCUGCCAUCGAAGCCCUCAACAUCAUGGAGGAGGAUCCAGACAUUUUUUCUGUCUUGAGGGAAAAGUGCAAACAUGUGUACAAGGCUUUACAAGGAACCGCAGGGCUGAAGUUAGUGGGAGAACCGUUCGCGCCCGCUCUUCACUUACAGCUGGACAAAACGUCGGGCUCCAGAGACGCCGACAUGCAGCUGCUGCGCAACAUUGUAGAUCACUGUUUGCAACGCGGUGUGGCUCUGACCCUCGCCCACUACCUGGAAAAAGAGGAGCGCUUCGUCCCUCCACCCAGCAUCAGAGUGGUGGUCACUGUUGAACAGACGGAGGACGACAUCCAGAACGCCGUGUCUUGUAUACAGGAGGCCGCCGUGAGCGUCCUGAAAUGACAGCGCACCGACGGUCACUGCUGAGAGAAGUGACGCCGGGAGUUCACUCAGCACGUCCGCCGUCACCGCGUCAACUCCUGGUAUUAACAUCCAACCUGACACAGCUCAUCACAAGCCAACAGCGUGAAAUAAGAGCACACACACACACACACACACACACACACUUCAUGUCUGUUCAUGAAGACCAAACAAUGUUUUGAACCAGUGUCACUGUGCAGACGCGUGUGUGUGUGUGUGUGUGUGCGUGUUGACACAAAUGAGAACGAGUUAGAAACGUUGAGAGGAGCUCGUGCAUCAGAGCUCUUUUCACGCUACUGUGACGUGAAACGAGAUUUAAACCAUCGGAGAAGAAAGAAAAUGUCGAUUAUUGUAAAUCAUGUUGCAUUGGCUACAAAUAAAUCAUGAGUGUGUGUGUGUUUGCUGAAAAAAUCUGAAAAUAGUUUGAGCUCACUGUGAAACGACAGCAGGAAUGAUCGCACUCAUCAUUCUCUGAACGGGUUUUCUCUUUCAGUGAUUGCAGUAGAGGAUGAACUCAGGUGUGUUCACACCUAAACCUUUAGCUGAACACUAUGAUAAAGUGAUAGUUCAGGGUUUUUUUUUUGUAAAUUGGGGUUGUUUGAGGCACAGGGGCAUCCUCUCCACGUCGUCUUUCACUGUGAAACGGCCUGAGACACAGAUGUGUUCGCCCUCACUGAAAACAACAGGGACAAACAGGAUUUAACCACUUAACAAGAGGCUGUAAUAAAAAUAGACGCCUGCUUAAUCUAAAGAACAUGUUCAGAGCUUUAUCUCGCCGCUUCACGUCCUAUUCUAACUGGAAAGUGAACUCCGGAGAGAGAAUCAGUGUUUUUAGCUCCACAAAAAAAAAUGUAAAGUCACUGAUUUUCUCGGGGAGAUUUAGCUUUAUUAUUUUUUAAUGUUUUGGAGGUUGUUGUGUUUUUUACAAAGCAGCACAAACUGGAGUUUCCAAUUGACUCAUUUACUCUCCUGAUAUUGUCGACUUGAGCUUGUGUUAAGUAUUAAAAAGCAGUCUGUUGAGUGAGCGCGAGCGUCUGUGGUUCUUGGUAGUUUGACACUGAGGGUGUGAGGUGAAGUCAGUGUUGACCUGGUGACCUUUACCUCACACAACAUCACAUUAUUAAAACACUCCUGAGCACAUGGCGCUCACACGUGCUUUUACUGGAGACUGAUUGUUGGCCUUUGUUUGCGUUCAUGUUUGUACACGAACUGUAAGCAGUCAAGAAAAACAACUGCAGACCAGAUGAUGAUGAUUUUUUAUGUGCAGACCAAAGAGGAAAUGUUGCACUGGUUACGUGUGUGUGUUUGGUACACGAUGCUUGCCUUUACAUUCCACUGGUGGUUUUACCUCAAACAGACACUGACUUUUACUACUGGAUGUUUUUCUUUUGUUUUACUCCCUUUUCCUUUGUUAGAUGAGUUUUUAUUUCCAGCCACUAAACUUCCAUUAAAUGUAUGUGAUUUAAAAUGAGCUGUUGUUGUUAUUGAAACAGACUAAAAGAACCGUGAAUAAUAAAAGUGCUUUUUUAAUUUUCA